GGCAGAAAACCCAUAUUGUUCGUGUGAUGCCUGUCUCGUGUCUUCUACAUCUAUUCCGUACCAAGUACAGAGUACCUUCCUGGUUGUUGCUGCUGCUGCUGGCUGCUUCGGAGUCAGCAAUACCUCAACCCUCUCACUUUCUCCAAUGUGUAUUCCAGAACAUCAUCUCGUGGCUGGAUACGCUGGACAUGAGCUAAUUUUCCUGCCAUCAGGAUUUCUGCUCGGAAUCGCCCCAAUGGCACCUGAGAUAGAUGCUAACACCCCGAUCACCAACUUCGUGGGACGAGAUGGGAGGUCCUUGGAAGGGAUGCUGUCCAGCUUGGCAUUCACUGUCUGCAAAUUCUGUGGCAUACCCUUCAUCACGCUUGUAGUUGCUAAACUCGGUUGGAUGACCCUAGCUGACAGACUCGGCGAAGUGACCCCUCGUGCUCGGUCCGUCGGGGCCAAAUCUCCUGCUCAUCACUGGGACUUUGCAGACUGUCACCACUUAUCAUAGUAUAAAGUCCACGACAAGGUCUUCAUCGACCUCGUGCCAACCUGAAUAUUCAGUGCUAGAUAGGCUGCAGCCUGCCGCUGCCUAAUGUAGGCUGCUAGACGGCAACCACUGCUCG